AUGACUUCACCAACCAUCCAAAAGGAUUUGGUUAAUUGUUGUGCCGUAGAAACGACAAGGGCUAUUAUCAAUGAGAUUGGUGAUUCUUUGUUUUCAAUUUUGGUUGAUAAGGCUCGUGAUAAUUCUGUGAAAGAACAAAUGGCAGUUGUUUUAAGGUUUGUUGAUAAAAGUGGGCAAGCGAAUGAGUGUUUUUUGGGUAUGUCCCAUGUCACUGAUACUUGCGCACAAUCACUAAAGGAUGCCAUUGAUGCAAUGUUUUCUACACAUGGGUUGAGCAUAUCUAACCUGAGAGGUCAAGACUAUGAUAGAGCAAGUAAUAUGUCGGGUGAGUUUAAUGGGUUGAAACAUUUAAUUCUUAGAGAGAACCCACAUGCUAUGUAUGUUCAUUGCUUCGCUCACCAGCUUCAAUUGGCAAUUGUUGGUGCAUCAUGUAAGCAUGUAAAUGCUUUUAGAACAAGUUAUCAAGCUAAUAUUCUGGAGAAGCUUAAUACUGGGGAACUUAUUGGUGGAAGUGAUCAGUUUCAAGAAAUGAGUUUGGCAUGCCCAGGUGAUACUAGGUGGGGCUCACAUCUAUUGACAGUUACUUGUUUCAUUAAUAUGUUUAAUGCUAUUAUAGAUGUUAUUGAGAAUAUAUCAGAAGAUGGCGUACAUUCAGAUCAAAAAUCUUCGGCCUUAAGACAGAUGAACAAUAUGCAAGAUUUUGAAUUUGUGUUCAGUCUCCACUUUAUGUUUGAAAUUCUUGCAAUUACAGACAACAUUUCACAAGCCUUACAGAAAAAGGAUCAGGAUAUUCAGAAUGCUAUGAGGUUAUUGAAUUUGUGUAAGUAUGCAUUGCAGAACUUGAGAGAGAAUGGUUGUGAUACUUUGUUCAGUAGGGUGAUUGAGUUUUGUGUUGAUAGACAUAUUUUAGUGCCCAAUAUGGAGGAUAUUGUAGUAGUGAAAGGUCGACCUAGGUGUGUAGCUCAACAAGUGACUUAUUUUCAUCGCUUUUAUGUUGAUUUGUAUUGUCAUGUGAUAGACUCGAUCUUGCAAGAGUUGAAUGAUCGAUUUCCAGAAACAACUAUUGAGCUCUUUACUUGCAUUUCAUGUUUAAGUCCAAAAGAUUUAUUUGCAGCUUUUGAUAAGAAAAAAUUGCUACGUCUUGCCAAGUUCUAUCGUUUGGACUUCAAUAGUGAAGAACUUUUAUUACUUAGAUCUCAGCUUGAUAAGUUUCUUUUAUUUGUGAGAAUGGAUGAAACUUUUUUUAAUCUCAAUAGUAUAUCCUGUGUAGCUCAAAAGUCGGUUAAAACUAGAAGUUCCUGUUAUUUUCCAUUGGUUUAUAGGCUGCUCACCUUGGCUUUGAUAUUACCUGUGGCAACUGCAAGUGUUGAAAGGGUAUUUUCUACUAUGAAUCUAAUCAAGAGUGAUUUGCACAAUAAAAUGGGAGAUAACUGGUUGAAUGACAAUUUGGUGAUUUACAUGGAGAAAGCUAUUUUUAAAAAACUUGAGAAUGAGAUUCGCCACUGCUUUCAUAUACUUCAUUCUGUCAAGAGAAGUAUUACCUCUCCAGACAGAAGCUUAGUAAGCUUCAAUAAGGCCGACCAGCUUGAGAGGUGCACAAAUCAUUCUGCCUCUAGCUUUAGCUUCAACAUUAUCACAACAGCACAAGAAAUUAGCAAAUAUCCUACAAGAGUUCAGCAUUUGAAAAGAGAAAGCAUGUUCACAGACAGGCCAAGUGAUGCAUCUAAUUUGAGAUGUUUUCAGAGCAGAUUAGCUUCUGGUACCCAAUUCAGAACUGCAUUUCCUUUUGCAACCUCAUUAAUCAAAUCCAUUCGAUACUAUUGA